AUGGCGUUUGAUGGAAAAGCCAAGCUAUACAAGUACGGAGUACCUUGGUGCCAAAAGAGCAUGGAAUUCUUCGAGGAGUUAUGUUGCUUGCUCCCCGAGCCCGGGCCCCACUACGUCUUGCCUGUUCGGCCUUACGCCAAAUCAGGCUCGCGGACCGCAAGACUCACCUUACAUGCUUCUCAAAAAGCAGGGAUGCGGCCACUCGAAAGCCCCGGGACUUGGAAUUGGGAAUCUCGUUACUUGACUGGAAGCUGGCUGUGCCGGUGUGGGUAUGGAGCCCAACCCAGCAAGCAUCUUCGCAUCGCAACAUAUUGUGGUCCUGUCGCUCGCUACCUUGACGGCUCCAUCGGACGGUCAGACUCCUCCCCCUCCACGCACACCAUCUGGGUCCCAGCAGCGUGUAGCAUCCAUCCCCUGCACGGCGAGAAAGUCCUGUAGGCAAGCACGCACGGCUGGGAAAUGAUUGUUAUGUUGGACCACCUUACACAGGUAGGUACAUUCAUUC